AUGGCACAAAGGAGCAUUUUCCGCGUGCAUGGAAAGUCGGUGAUAUCAUCCAUCUUUCUGCUUUGUGUGUGGAAUCUGGUUUCCGGGCAGAUUCGCUACUCCAUACCAGAAGAACUGGAACAAGGUGCCUUCGUCGGAGCAGUCGGCAAAGAUUUGGGUUUGAGCAUAGAGGACCUAUCAAGUCGUAAAUUCAGAAUGAUAUCAGCUGCAUCAAAACAAUAUUUGGAUGUAAAUAAUAAGAAUGGAAUUUUAUUUGUAAGUGCAAGAAUCGACAGGGAACAGCUGUGUGGUCAGAGUGAUAACUGUGUAUUGCUCGUGGAAGCGGUGGUUGAAAAUCCUGUGGAGCAGUACCUUGUGCAAGUUGAUAUAUUGGAUAUAAACGAUAAUUCUCCGAAUUUUCCGAAAAGUGAAAUUCGUUUGGAAAUUUCAGAAACCGCGAUGCCAGGAGCACGUUUUCUGUUAGAAGGCGCCCACGAUAUGGACGGGAGAAAUAAUUCUGUUCGUAUUUACCAGCUCGCUGCAAAUUAUCAUUUUACGUUAGAAGUUCAGAAUGUUGGCAAGUGGAAGUUACCCGAAGUGGUGUUGCAGAAUAUUCUCGACCGAGAAAAACAACCAGUGUACAAUUUAUUACUGACCGCUCUUGACGGCGGUAUUCCUGAAAGGUCAGGUACAGCUCACGUAAACAUUGUUAUCCUGGAUGUGAAUGAUAAUACACCGAUUUUCGGGAAAUCAGUGUAUAGUGUUAGUCUAAGCGAGAACAUGCCAUUGAAUUCCUUAGUGAUUAACCUGAACGCGACUGAUUUAGACGAAGGUAGAAAUGGCGAGAUCAUUUAUUCUUUCAGCAGUUACAACGAACCAAGAAUAACUGAAAUAUUUACGAUUAUACCAACAUCAGGAGAGAUCCGUACAAAAGGAAUAAUGGAUUUUGAAGAAACCAGUGUUUAUCAGAUUCAUGUGGAAGCUAAGGACAAAAGUGUGCAGUCGCUAUCCACACACUGCAGCGUGCGAGUGGGGAUCAGAGAUGUGAAUGACAACGCUCCUGAUUUAACUCUAAAUUCUGUUUCCGGUACAAUCAGUGAGAAUGUUCCGACGGGAACUUUAAUAGCCUUCAUCGGCGUGACAGACCGGGAUUCCAAUGAAAAUGGACACAUCGACUGUUCCAUUUCACACAACCUACCAUUUGACCUUAAAUCUUCCUUCAGUAAUUCAUACAGACUAGUUACAAAUGCGGCACUCGACCGAGAAAGCACCCCUCAACAUAAGAUUACAGUAACUUGCAAAGACCGUGGUAUCCCCCCGUUAUCUACCACCCGGACAAUUGUGGUAAAUAUCUCAGAUAUAAAUGAUAACGCGCCGCGCUUUACGCAGCCUUCGUACACGACCUAUGUGGCAGAAAAUAAUGAGCCAGGCAGCUACAUUGGAUCAGUAACAGCUUUGGAUCGUGAUAUCGACCGAAAUUCACAGCUUUCUUACUCUAUUUUGGAGAACCAGAUACAGUCAGUGCCUGUGUCUUUCUACCUCUUUAUCAACUCAAAUAAUGGCAGCAUCUACUCGAAAACUCCUUUCGAUUAUGAACGACUUAAAGGUUUUCAGUUUCACGUUCGGGCUCAAGAUGCCGGAUUAACAUCACUUUCCAGUGACGUUGCUGUGAAAGUGAUUGUCUUGGAUCAGAACGACAAUCCACCCAUGAUAACAGCAAAUGCAAUAAAAAGCAACAGCAGUCUGCCUGUGCCUCGUUCUGCAGACCCGGGAUAUAUGGUAACAAAGGUCCUUGCCUCCGACGCAGAUUCCGGUAAGAAUGCACAACUGUCUUAUCAACUGAUGCAAUCCAGUGACCCGGGUCUCUUUAUAGUUUCAUAUAACUCAGGAGAGGUAAGAACUGCUCGGCGCAUUAAAGAUAGCGACGCCACCACACAAAGGCUGAUUAUCCAGGUGAAAGAUAACGGCUAUCCCGCUCUCUCUGCUACCACCACCUUUACUUUGACAAUAGUUGAGGAACACACGGAGGGUUUGCUGGACUUCAAUGAAGCGCGGGACGACUUAGAAGACACGCAGAACUUAUCAUUAUAUAUAAUAAUUACACUAGGAGCAACCUCGUUUGUUCUUUUGGUGGUUAUAAUUGUACUUGUUGUAGUCAUUUGCCCAAUGGGCAGUCAUUCUGCAUCUGGGCAUGCCUGCACUUUAGCAGACAGUUGCUGCAGAAGAGAGUUGGAAUAUAGGCAUUCGAAUGUGAACUUGCAAAUCGUGCCGGAUUCUCACUUCCUUCCCAGUCUACUUGAGGUUCAUGGAAAUGGAUCCCUUUCAGAAACAUACCGUUAUAAAAUUCGAUCGGCGCCCGAACCACGAGAUAUAUAUUUCACUCCAUUCAGUCCACAGAUGCACGGGACCAUUGAAAAGUACGCUAAAUAUGCGCCAACCGACAGUACAAAGACAAGGAGCAGUUCGGCGAACGUGGUGAGUGUUGUAGAGCACAUAUAA